AAUGAAAAUUUCCUGAAACUAUUACAGGAGCCUUAUUUUCAUACGAUCACACGAGCAUGUUAAUUAUAUAUAUUUUUUUUUAAAUGGGAAAAGAAGCUUGUUACAAAUCACUCAUGGUUAGUAAUGGAUGCAACAUGAAACGUGCCACUAGACGAUAAAGUGUAAAGGACACGGUGUACAUUCAUUUCCCUACAUGCUGCUGCACUUAACGAAAAUAGCAAAUAGAACAAACAUGUUUUUGUCCCACUUUUCGGAUGUCAAUGGCAACCAUAGGGCUUCCACACGCUGGGUCUCUGGAUGCCUAAUUAACUUUCGAUGCUGCAGCGUUGGGCGCAAGCUCCAAAUCACGUUUUUUUUUUUUGUUUGUUUUGUUUUUCUUUUUUGCGUCCACUUAUUCUUGUUUCCUGCGCAUUUUGAAGUUAGCGUUCAGCUCAGCUCAAUGGUAAAGUAACUGUUGAUUGCGGUCUGGAAAUGUAAUGUGUCCCCAUAGAUACAUCUCAAUAGAUGAGCUCUCAUGAGAGGCAGCCCUCAAGUAGAGGUCGGUGUGGCUCCUUGGCGAAGCACCCUGCAAAACGCGGCUUUGCGCACGACAACACCACAUUCUAUUCUUCUAUAUGAAAAGACACUCCGCGCUUCGUGGUAGAACUUUAUAUUGUUGUGGUAGCUGGAGAUUAUAAAAUGCGCCAUUUUAAAUCUUUCUAAACGCGUGGUUUAACCGUAUCGUUUCCUUUUCUGAAAAAAAAAACUCGUAUUUUGUAAAACAAAAAAAUUGCGGGUGAAAAUACUUUUACGCAUAAGGAUGGGCUCGGAAAAACCGAGUUUUCUGUCCCAACCGGUGGUGAAGAAUAUCUUCAUGUUCCGCAAUGGUGACCCAUACUUCGAAGCCCGUAGAGUCGUGAUUAACCAGCGGAAAGUGUGCAACUUCGAGACUUUUUUGAGGGAGGUUACGGGUGGCAUCCAGGCGCCUUUUGGAGCCGUGAGGAACGUCUACACUCCGCGUGGAGGACACAGAGUGGACUGUCUGGACAACCUGCAGAGUGGGGAGCAGUACGUCGCCGCUGGAAGAGAAAGAUUUAAAAAGUUAGAUUAUUUGCAGAUUGGCUUGAGAAAGAGAAGGAUGUUACAGUCGCUUCCACUGCAGGCCAAACCACUUCCACCAAAUCGAUUUUCUGUGUCUGCUAGGUUCUUGAAACCAAUUAAGGAGCCGUGUCCAAUAUUUGUGGUGGCAAAUGGUGACACGAUGGAUCCUGCAAUAAGGCUGCUCAUUCACCAGAGGAUGCUGAGCCAGUUUGAGAGAAUACUUGAGAUGAUCACAGAGAAGAUGGGUUUGAGAGUCCUUGGCGGUGUGAGAAGUCUUUACACUCACGAAGGCCAGCAGGUGACUGAUGGCACUCAGUUGGAGAGCGGUCAGCUCUAUGUGGCCGUGGGCAGAGAGAGAUUUAAGAAGCUCUCCUACACUGACCUGCUGUUCAGCAAACCUCGAGGGGGGCGGAGGGUCAAUGGCAUGAAAACAGGAACCCUGCCGCCAAUCUACAGAUCCCCAAAGCAAAAUCGAAACAGAAAAUCUGUGGUCCGGAGCACUGACAGCGGAGAUGGCGAGUCAAAGGCCUCACCUCUAAGCAUAAAUGGCAGUAACAGAGAUCACCUGUCCUCCAUCGUCAGAGAAAUCUCUCAGGCCAGACUUCUCUCUCUUAGGUUGAAGAGGAGUGGACAGAGCAUAACCCUCUGUGACAAUGGUAAUACAAUCAAACACGUUAUGAUAAAUCGCGCACACACACACACACACACACACACACACACACACACACACACAGAACUGUCAGCUAGAGCUUGCCAAUACAUCACCAUAUUGCACUACGUUUAAUUAAAAUUAUCAUUCAUUCAUCCAUUUAU